CUUCAGGAAAAUACAAUGAUGUUGAGGUACAACAGGAAUUUAUCGAUAUACUCACCUGCAACUAGUACAUGGGACGAACUGAAGAAACUAUCUAACAGGACGUCUCGGUAUUCAAUUGUCGUAUUGAACCUUCAUCUCUACGCUUUAACCUCAACAGAAACUUAUCGUUUGAAGUUUUCUGAACCUACGGCAAACUGGGAAAAAACGGCGGACCUAAUACAUUACCAUGGAAAGUUUCCGCCCGCAAUUGUAUUAAACGGAAGUAUAUACGUGUGUGGUGGAUCGGAUCUGACAUCGAUACAAAUAGUCCAAAAAUAUGAUCCUGAAUACGAUAAAUGGCAGAACGUAGCUCGCAUGAAAUUGAAAAGAUCUGAUCAUGGCAUUGUUUCAGCUAGAGGGAAAAUAUAUUGUUUCGGUAGCAAGACUGGGACUGAUGACAGCUACAGAAAAGGUGAAGUGUACGAUUCGCAACGUCAGACGUGGAAAUUCACAGCACCCAUGAAGAGGCGAGCACUCAGAAUGUCAGCAGCUGAAGUGGAGGGGUUGAUAUACGUCGCUGAGGAGAGUGACUUUCAUUGUUACGACAUCAAACGUGAUUCAUGGCAAACAAUAAUUCUUUCAAAUCAGUGGCCGAACUUUCAUUGUGACGUUUUUCACGUUCUUGCUCUCAACAACGAAAUUUAUAUUAUUGGGACGGAUAGCAUCAAUAAUGAUGCACUUCACAAAUAUGACCGAAACACAAGUAGUAUCAAUCUUAUUCAUAAGGAUCCUAGAUUUCUUGCUCACUCAUGUGCCGUCGCCAACUCUGAUCAUUGAUGUUUGUUUGCCGGACAUUUGAAACAAAGAAAAAAGAAUUUUUGAUUCAAAGUUUGUGGUCUGAAACUAUUAUCAAUAGAUAUUUCCAUAAUUUGAGAAAAUUCAAGAUAUCAAAGAUUACCAUCAAGUUGCUAAAAUACCUAUUCAUUUAUCAUGUGAAUAGUGUGAAACUUAAUUGCUUAUUUUCCUUUUUGUGUAGAUUUCAAAAAACUUAUUAUUCAACUAUUAUUCUGA